AAAAUGCAAGUAAAAAAACAUUCUUUUUUUUAUGUCACAAUUCCAACCCUCCUUUACCCGGGCUUGGGACCGGCAAAAGUGAACCAAAAGACUCUGGCGGAGUUACUAAGUUUUUUGUUUAUUUGUUUAUUUUUUUGUUAUUUAGUUUAUUUAAUUUAAGAAUGAUGGAGGCCACUGUGUUCUUGGGGACCUUCAAUGCUGCAUAUUUUUUGGUACCCUUCCCCAGAUCUGUGCCUCGACACAAUCCUGUCUCGGAGCUCUACGGACAAUUCCUUCGUCCUCAUGGCUUGGUUUUUGCUGUGACAUGCACUGUCAACUGUGAAACCUUAUUUAGACAGACAGUAUGGAGAAGAGCCAGUAUGGACCCCCGCAGGACGUGUCGGCUACCCCCUACACCGGCUUCCCAGCGGGCUACCAGGGAAGUGGGGGGGGAACAGCCUACCCCCCUCAGCCUGGCUUCCAGGGAGGUCCCCAACCCGGCAUGUACCCACCACCUCCCCAACCCGGCAUGUACCCACCACCUCCCCAACCCGGCAUGUACCCACCACCUCCCCAAUACGGCACGGGCAUGGCACAACCUACAAACGUCCCCAGCGUAACCCAGGUGGUGGUGAUGCAGCAGCCGCUGCCAAGAGACGUACCCGGCCAGAUGAUGUGUCCCCACUGUCAGGUCCCGGUUCUGACAGAGACCACACACACCACUGGACUGCUCACCUGGGUCAUCUGUGGAUCACUCGGCUUCUUCCUGUGCUGGCCAUGCUGUUUGAUUCCGUUCUGUGUUGACUCCUGUAAGGAUGUAGAACACCGCUGCCCCAACUGCAGGAAAUUGAUCCACAUCCACAAACGCAUGUGAACAGACCUAGAUGAGACACAUGCCACAAAGUGAUCCACAUCCACAACUAGCCCCAGCCCACAGCCACUGCUGCCACAAAGUGAUCCACAUCCACAACUCCUCAUGAAAAUAGAAAUAUCUGAAAUGACUACUGGAAGACCAGCUUAACAUUGACUAGUGUCUGUGUGUAACAAGCUAAGGCCACUUCUAGCAGACUCUUUACACUGAUUGUAAUAUAUGUUUUCUUUCAUUCUGUGAAUCUUCAUGUUAGACAGAAAGUAGGAUUCUAUUUGUAUUGACGUUGGUAUUGAUUGGUUGUUGGGUUUUUUAAAGGGACAGUCUACAGUUGAAACAAUAAAAAGCUGAACCCUGCCUCUGUUUUUGUAAAAAGCUGUGUGAUGGGUCUGGAGAAGUGUAACCGCUCUAAGACAGAGCUAUGCAUGCAAUGACUGACCAUCCAAAAGUAUAUCUUUAUCAAUGUUUUGGGCUAUACAGUGCUAUUUUUACAUUUACGACAUUGGAGCAAAACAAGCUGAUAUUUUGGGUUCUGAUGAGUACAACAGUUGAACUAAACUCAUAAGGCAGAAUAAGUUAUAUUCUUCAAGAUCCAAAAAAUGGAUGCAUUAACUGCUGAUUGCCCCUUUAAUUGAUUAACAAUAAUUGUUUUAAUAAAGUCAAUAAUGACUUUGACUUUUGA